GCCGUGACGCACCAACGAAGAAGAAGAGAUAUCGCCCAUGAUCGUCCAUGUGGCUCCUUCUGAGACAGAAACACUCAAUGAUAGCUUAACAUCAACUUAAUCAAUAUAAUAAAACCAACAGCAGUGGUGGAGGUGAAGCUGCGAGCAGCUCCACGGGGAACUCAAGAUGCAAUGCGACGACGUGAUCUGGGACAUUAUCGGGAACAGACAGUUCUGCUCCUUCAAAGUCAAGACCAAGAGUCAAAGCUUCUGUCGAAAUGAAUACAACAUCACAGGGCUGUGCAACCGCUCGUCCUGUCCGCUGUCCAACAGUCAGUACGCCACGAUCAGGGAGGAGAAAGGUCAGUGUUUCCUCUACAUGAAGGUGAUCGAGAGAGCAGCUUUUCCUGCCAGGAUGUGGGAGAAGGUGAAGCUCAGUAGGAACUACGAGAAGGCUCUGGAGCAGAUCGACGAGAGCCUGAUCUACUGGCCUCGAUUCCUCCGUCACAAAUGCAAACAGCGCUUCACCAAAAUCACUCAGUACCUGAUCCGCAUGCGCAAACUGGUCCUCAAGAGACAGAGGAAGUUGGUCCCUCUCAGCAGGAAGGUGGAGAGGAGAGAGAAAAGGAAAGAGGAGAAAGCUCUCAUCGCCGCUCAGCUGGAUAACGCCAUCGAGAAGGAGCUUCUGGAGAGACUGAAGCAGGGAACGUAUGGAGACAUCUACAACUUCCCAGUUAUCGCCUUCGACAGAGCUCUGGAGCAGCAGGAUGAGGAGACCGAGGAAGAGGAGGAAGAUGAAGAGGAGGAGGAGGAGGAUGACGAGGGCGUUGGGAAGAGCGAGUUUGUUGCAGAAGAAGAAUUGGAGGAGAGCGACCUGAGCGACUUUGAGGAAAUGAAUAAACUGAAGACGAGCAGCGACGAGGAGGAACAAGACGAUGAGGAGGAGGAGGAGUCCAGUGGAGAGGAAGAGGAAGAAGAGGAGGAUGAAAUGGAGGUCGAGACAAAGACGAAGGCCUCCUCCAAGUCUAAAGGCAAAUCUCCAGCCAACGGCUCGACAGUGAGGAAGAAGCGAGCGUACGUGGAGAUCGAGUACGAGACAGAGCCCGCCCCCAAGAGCAGAGCCACGUAGUGAUGUCACUUCCUCUGCUGCCAGUCAAACUGCCUCUGCUGAGGUCAUCAGUUUGCUCGUACAGACUGUGAAUGGAAGUUUGUAAAAGGACACACAGGACGGAUCUGACCUGGAAUCAGAUCAGAAUAUGAAACACCCAGAGUGACUUUAACUUUAUUUUCUGAUUAACAUGGAGUUUUAAAAAUGAUUGCUUUAUUUUCUUUUAUAUGUGAUGUCCUGUUUGAAAACACAAAAUAACAGAUGUCAAUAAAUCCAUUUUGGGAAAAAAUGUAAA